AAUGGCCAAACCAUUCCCUCAGCAGCUCAUUGCUGCAGCUCAGCAUCAUCUCAGAGCAGGGAAGAAAGGCUUAUCCCGGUCUACCUCUUUGAAACUGGCUGGAGAGAUACUGGCAGUAGCUGCCAGCUUAAAGCCUGCUUUCCUGUAUGAUUAUAAUUUGGCCAGAUGUCCUCAGAUCCUGAGCUACAUUCAGCAGCUUCAGACAAUCAGUGAGCUUGGGUGCCAGCUACAUGUUUUGAGCAUCGCUGAUAAUAUUCUGAUCAUCAAUUUGGACAUGAUGGUGCAAUGGCUGGACACGGUUCUGCUUAACAACAACAUCUUCUUCAUUGAUGUUUCUGCUGCCAGAACAUGCCCAGGCUUCUGUGACACAGCAGAUGUAGGUUCCAUACUUGAACAUAUAUCUGAGAUACUGAAUCAUCUUAAAGCACUGGCAGCAGACACGUCCCAGGUCGUUUCCUCCAGUGCAGUCUUUUCUGCUGAAUGGAAUCUAUGCACCCUCUUUGGUGUAUUGCUAGGCUACCCAGCAGCCUACAGUUUUCCUGCACCAAAGAGCUUUGAGAACUGUCUUUCUCUGGCCCCACUGAAGGUGUUCACUGUCCAAGCCACAUUCUGCAAGAUAAGCAAUGAUCUCAGAAUCCGACUUUAUUCUUUCAGUGUCCCAGAAAACUUAUACUCUGACAUGAAAACUCGUAUUGAUGACUGGUGUGAAAAUUUGAAGGAUGCCUCUAGGUCUCAGAAAGACUUUUCAGAUCUUUGCAUUACUACUGAAGUUGUUACGUUAGAGGCAGUGGCCUUGUAAAGAUGGACUCUGAUCUAGAGGUGUGUACCUGUUUUCCUCUGAGCAUCCUUUUAAACAGCUCAUCCAGUUGAAUCUCCAAACUUGUUUUUGAAAUUUCCUCAAACUCAAGAAGCAGUUGGGGAAUGCAGUGCACAGCCGACAAAUGAA